GCGCUCAGAGAGGUGUAAAAGUGAAUUUAGGAGUGAAGUAAAUUUUAGUGUGAAGUGAAUUAGAUCGCAACGCCUACACUGUAAAGUCUCGCGAUCUUUGAGCUUAAACACCUGGUCGUUUGCCCCGUGAGAUUCGCACAAAAGCUCUUCUUGCCAAAACGAAGAAGAAAAAAAAACUCCGCAUUAUUUGCAUAACAAUUGUGUGCUCUCAAAGGAGUGGAUCUCACGCCACAGGAAGGUAAUUUGUCGCAUAGUGACGAUGCUUCGACCAAUUUGGAUAUUUGUCAUCAUCUCCUUGGGCUUAUCGAAUUGCUGGCGAACGGAGAAUAAACCAAGGAUCUACGGUGAUCAUGUGCCCACAAAGAUGAUUGCACCGCAUCUCAAGAGAGUCCAGCAACGGAUCGUCAUGCUGCACGACUACUUUCGCACCAAAGUCAUUCCACCCGCCUCCAAUAUGCUCAUUAUGAAGUGGCAUCAUGGGGCUGCACGGGCGGCACAAAAGUGGGCAGAUCAGUGCCGACUCUUGACCCAUGACUCACCCAAAGGGCGCUGGAUUGACAACUACGGGGCAUGUGGCCAGAAUAUCUUUGUGUCGACACAGAAGGUGCCAUGGCUUUUUGCGUUGCGGAUGUGGUUCACGGAACGACAGAACUUCACGUACGGCUCCCCGAAGAAUGAUCUCCACGUUAUUGGGCACUACACGCAAAUGGUCUGGGCGGCCACCCACAAAGUCGGCUGCGGACUGGCUAAAUGCGCUCGUGGCUUCCGGGGGAAGUCCUACUACAACUACGUAUGCAACUACUGCCCCAUAGGGAAUCACGACGACAAACUCGGCUUUCCGUAUCAAAUUGGACGACCGUGUCAAUCGUGCCCGCAGCAUUGUCACUCAAAGAGAGUCAGAUUAUGCAAAAAUGGCUGCAAUGCUGCUGAUCUCUGGGCAAACUGUCGGGAGUUGAAUAAAUGGCCGGGAUGGCUGUGCAAUACAGCCACUCACGAGGGUCUGGAGCGUCGACGGAACUGCCUGGCCACGUGCACAUGCCGCCACAAGAUCCACGACUAAAAUCCCCGCAUAAAUCGCGAGGAAAACCACAAAUUGCUGCCAUAGAAAAACCCCCUCAGAUCGACGCAGGAUCCCUGAAAGUCCUGAACAUCGAUCUCCUCUGUGAUUGGAUUUUUCCUGCACCUCCUUUCCCG